AUGGCAUAUUGCUCCUACUUCAACAGUGACAGUCCUGACACAGAGGACAGCUGCUCACAAUCUAACCUGAGUGUCUCUGUGGGCUACUUCCCCAGCCAUGACAUCUUUUUCUAUGAGAACACAACCUCUGAUGAAGAAAUAGCCUCUCAGAUUCCUUCCCUCCACUUCCUCCCUCCAGUCCAAGGGAUGUGGAAGGUUGCUGGCACACUGAGACUCAGGAGGCGACACAACCAAAGUGAGGACAUCAUGCGGAAGUUUUCCAAACUAAGGGUGGCCAUUGCAUGGGAUGUCGACGUGACCUCUAACAACUCAGACUCAACAGCUGCCUGGGAUCUAAAUGGAACCAACCAGUGUAUCAACAGAAAUCCAGACAAGAUGACCGAACUGACUCUCAGUAAACUGGAGGAUCUUGUGAAAAAGCUUGAGGAAUUUGUAGAACAUCAGAGAGACAAUGAAGAUGGUACCUCUGUUUUCAACGACUCUUCUCAGGAUGAAGACUUCCAGCUAUCUAAUGACUCCAGCUCCCCUUCGGAACAUACGGCUCAGGUAGGUCAUCAGAAACAAAGUCCUUGUCAAGACACAGCCAACUUCAAACCACCAAAAAAUGAAGACGUCAUCAAGGUUCCACAGAUUCCUCUAAGGCAUCAGGAACAUGAACUCAGAGAGAUAAACCAGCCAAUUGGUCACUUAGAGACAAGCACAAUAGAAGCCUCAAAUGCAUCAUCUCAGGCAGAGGAGGAAGACAGUCCUUCAGACACACAAACCGCAUCCUUUCUAAACUUUGGAGAUACCUUCCAGAAGCUGAGGCAGCAAGUGGUCCCCUCACUAGUGAGGGAAAAGCGCCCUGAGAAGAUCACCAAGAGCCCCUGGUGGGUGACCCUGAAGAGAAGACUCCUUCAAAGAUAUAAGAGAAUCCAGCCUCAGGAAUCUCCCAUUUCAGAAGAUUCAUGUGACGAGAUUGUUUAA